GUGUUGUCACGUCAACAUUUUGCAGCUGCUGGGUUUCUCGGUGGAAGCUGGAUUGCACUGUCUGAUAUAUCCGUACCUGCCUAAUGGAUCACUACAAAACCGGCUUCAGUGUCAAGAUGAUUCUGCUCCACUGACCUGGGAGACGCGAAUUAGCAUUUCUAUAGGACUCAUCCGAGCUGUAGAGUGUUUACAUAAUUUUGGAAUUCUUCACGGGAAUAUCAAAAGCUCAAAUGUCUUACUGGAUGAAAACUUUACACCAAAGCUUGGUCAUUCAGGUCUGCGAUUGUAUUCUGUUGAUAAAAAAUCAGAAUAUGCUAUGAUGAAAACCAAAGUCCUACAAGCUUCCCUUACUUACCUGCCAGAAGAUUUUAUCAGACAUGGGCAGUUAACAGAAAAAGUUGAUGUAUUUGGCUGUGGUGUGGUCUUAGCAGAGCUACUGACAGGGAUUAAGGCACUGGAUGAAGGAAGACACCCUGUUUAUCUGAAAGAUAUGAUUGCUGAUGAAAUUCAAAUAGCGAAAGAAAGCUCGUACUCCAAAGUAAAAACUUUUGAAAAGCUGGCUGCCAAGGCAAUAUGCUGUAAAUAUCUAGACAGGAAAGCAGGACACUUGCUGGAGGAGGUUGCUGUUGAUUUUGCUUCAGCCAUCUGCCUUUGUCUGAGAAAGAAGAAUUCUAACAUAGCAGAGGUGCUUGAAAUCAUGGAAGCGGCUGAAAAUAAAUUAAGAGAACAUUACCUCUGUGGAGGCAGCACUUCUGGAUUCUCCAUGAACACUCCAGAAGAAACUGAUGAUGAGACAACUAGUCUGAGCAUGGAUGCGCCUUCUGCGGGGGAGAACGGAGAGGACAGCACGCAGCCGGUGAGCCUGACGAGUGCCAAUCUACACACGCCUUUAACGGGAGCUGCGGCACCCGACAUCUACUGCGGACAGAUGUCGAGGGUCCCCUGUGAAUCAGACGAAUCAAGUAGUUUUACGUGGAAUCCUUCAGAAGGAUGUACAGAUGAGCUAUCCAGCAACAGCUGUAACAAUUCCGAAAACACGGCAGCCUCUGAUCACAGGAUCAAGCAGGAAAAACCUGCCGAUGAACUCCGGGAAAGAAACGCGGCGUGCACCAGAAGCGAUGACACCUUGGAAACAGCGUCUACUGCACAGAGCACCUUUCAACAACAAAAUGCGGACCUCCGCUCCUCAUGUUCUUCACAAGCAUUAGCCAGAGAGACAUCUUGGAAAAUAAAAAUAAAUGAUCAAAAAAAGAAGCUCAUGGAAAAUAUUUUGCUGUAUGAAGAAGACAAAUUAAACAGUUCUGAACUUUUUGAAUCAUAA